AUGGAACGUCAGCUACGACGGAAUAUUAAACCUCGAGAUGCCAGAUUACACAUAUUUAAACUUGCAGCAGAGAAAACCGAGGUAAUACUCCUAACCAAGAAGCGUAUUCCCUUAGAAGUGAGCAUGAAACUGACCGGCAUUACAUUAAAGACGCAAAGAGUAAUAAAGUACUUAGGCGUAAGGCUAGACCCCAGGCUAACGUAUUGGGCACAAAUGCAGCAUGCAGCCGCAAAAGCAGCAAAGGUAACGGCUUACCUAAGCAGAUUAAUGGCCAAUAUUGGUGGACUGACCCAAAGUAAAAGAAAACUUCUAAUGUCCACAACCUUGAAUAUUUUGCUAUACGGAGCGGAGAUCUGGGCUGACACCCUACAGAAAAAAAACCGUUGCAAGACACUUUCUAGAGCUCAUCGCACAGCAGCUUUAAGAGUAGCCUCUGCGUACCGUACAGUGCCCGGCGAGGCAAUACUAGUUAUAAGCGGAACGGUUCCCGUUGACCUGCUAGCAGCCGAACGCAAGAAAAUGUGGGAGUUUAAGGCGCAAACGAAUCCAAGUGCCAACGAAAGGGAAAGA